CAGCUGAACACAAAACCUUAUAUCCGGUUUAAUAGCGAGAAAAAUCUUUGUUUACUGUAUGGUGAAAAGUAUCACGUGGGAAUAUUGUAUAUUUAAUGUAUGAAAGAAUUAAAUGAUACAUUUUUUUUUUUAUUUUUUGAUAAUAUGGACAUGUUUGAAUUAAGUAUUUGGAAAGGUGAUUGGGGUUUACCAUCAGUUGACACGGAAUGUUUACAGGUUCUGGUUUAUGCCAAAUUCAAUGGUAUACCUUUGAAAAUUAAUUCAGCUGGUAAUCCAUUUACAACACCCAAUGGCAGCUUACCUGUAUUAAAGACUAGAAAUGGUACAUUCAAUGCAGUCAAAGAUAUAAUAGAAUUUUUUAGAAAAGAACGUUAUAAUACAGAAUACGAAUUAAGUCGAAAACAAUGUGCAAAGGUUAUGGCUUAUGGUACAAUGUUAAAAGAAAAAUUAUUUCCGGCAUUACAGUUUAUUUGGUGGAUAGAUGAAAAAAAUGUAAAUGAAUUAAUAAGACCAUGGUAUUGUAAAGCAUUGCCUUUUCCAUUUAAUUUUUAUUAUCCAGGAAAAUUCGAACGACAAGCCCAUACUAUGUUUGUAACUUUAUAUCCACUAGAAGAUAAUAUAACUGCUAUAGAAAAUAAGGUCUAUUCUGAAGCACAAAAAUGUUUAACACUAUUAUCUACAAGUCUUGGAGAUUCACAAUAUUUUUUGGGUCAAAAACCUACAAUAUUAGAUGCUAUUGUAUAUUCUUAUUUGGCUCCUUUGCUCAAAGCUCCUUUACCAAAUCCAGCACUUCAAAAUCAUUUAAAAGCAUGUACAAAUUUAGUAACAUUCAUUUCACGCAUAUCAGAAAAAUAUUUUGCAAAUGAAUGUUGUGAAUAUAAAGCCAAAGAAAAUGCUCAAAAUAUAAGAAAAUAUUCACAAAAUGAGUUUCCUAAUAAAAGACGUAACCAACUUUUUGCUGGUUUAUUUACUACUUUGGUAAUGGCAACUUACAUGUUUUCAACUGGAAUAUUAGAGAAAUGGAAACUAGUAAGAAUUCCUCUAAGACAUAGGAGAUAAAAAAUCAAGACUUUUUUAUUCAACUAUGGAUUUAUGUUUGAGAUAAGAAGAAAUUACAAGUAUGUAAAAUAAUACUUUAAUUUUUUUAUUUAAUCUCAUUAUAUUUAUACAACUAGAUGUAGAAAAAUCAGAAACAUUCUCUCCAACAGAAUAUUUUAUAUUUAUAUCUUAUAUAAUGAUUAAUAUAUAAAGAUUAAAAUUAUAAAUAUUUGUUAAAGGUAACAGUAAAGGAUAGUCAAAUUCCAGAUGUAUUUACAGAAGUUAUAUCUAUCAAUGAUAAAUAAAAUAAAAAAUUACAAAAAUAAAAAU